GCCGGGAUCACGGUCUUAUAAGACCGUGGCCGGGAUUAAAAUAUUUGGGCAAAGAUUAUUUUAAUAAAUGGAAAUAGUAGAAAUAAAAACUGAAGAUAACUGAAAUGACAUGCCAUAAACAUAACCACAAAUAAAAUCUAUGAACAUAACCACAAAAAAUGUCCUAUUUGUAUAGAUUUUAAAUGUGGGAAAUGUUCUUUAAAUUUAAAAAUGUUUAACAGUUUUAAGAACUCAAUAAAAUUAUUAUAUAGUGUAAGUAAAUAUUCUCAAAAAGUGGCACAACCGCUAAGAAGCAGAAAACAAAAAUCUUUGAGAAACUCGGUGCAAAGUUUUGUAGAUGUUAAACACGUAAGAGUAAUAGCAGGGAAUGGUGGAGACGGUUGUAUAUCAUUUUUAUCCCUGUGGAGUAAUGAAAAUGCUGGUCCCGAUGGAGGAGAUGGGGGGAAUGGUGGCCAUGUAAUAUUAGAAUCCGCACAUGAUAUUAAAGAUUUGAACUUAGUUCCAAGCAUAAUUAAGGCUGAACCAGGAGAAAAUGGAGCCAACAGAGAUUGCCAUGGGAAAAAUGCCCAAAAUUUUAAAGUGCCUGUUCCAGUUGGUACUAUAAUUAAAAACGAUAAGGGAAUAGUAGUUGGGGAUUUAUCCGAGCCUGGGUUAAUGUUUGUUGCUGCUAGAGGAGGUGCAGGAGGCAAAGGAAAUCAUUUUUUUAUAUCUGAUACAGAACAGGCUCCAAAAAUUUGUGAAUAUGGAGCAAAAGGCGAAGAUCUAGAAUACACUGUAGAAAUAAGAAGUAUGGCACAUAUGGGACUUAUUGGUCUUCCUAAUGCUGGGAAAAGUACCCUUUUAAGAGCUAUAUCUAGAGCAAGGCCAAAAGUAGCCCCUUAUCCAUUUACAACAUUAAAGCCUCAUUUAGGCAUGGUGCAAUAUGAUGAUUAUGAACAAAUCGCAAUUGCUGAUUUGCCUGGGUUAAUCCCUGAUUCACAUAAAAAUAAAGGUUUAGGAAUACAAUUUUUAAAGCAUGCUGAAAGAUGUAUGGGAUUGCUUUAUAUACUUGACAUGUCCCUUCCAGAACCUUGGAAAACUUUAAAUAUGUUAAAAUUUGAAUUGUCACAAUUUAACGAUAAACUGAACCUAAGACCGCAAAUUAUAAUAGCCAACAAAAUGGAUUUGGAGGAUUCCGAAGAAAAUUUGGAAAUUCUAAAAGAACACACUACAGAGUUGAUAAUUCCUAUUAGUGCAAAAGUGGGAACGAAUUUGGAGGAACUUUUAAUUAGGAUAAGAAUAAUUUACGAUAAAAAUAACGUUGGUGAAAGUAUAAAAUGAUUUUAUUG